GCAACAACGUAGCAACAGCACAUAGUUCCUGAUCAAAGGUCACAAGGAAGCAAUAACAAUAUGGCCAAUUUUAUUAAGAUUGAAGAUGGACAAACUUUUGCAAAGGAAAUGUUUUGCAUUCCCCAACAUUAUGAGGAAUAUGUGGAAUCUGUGAUGAUACCCAAAGGUCUAAUUUUGAACAGGACUGAACGGUUAGCUCGAGAUAUUUGUCGUGAUUUAAGUCAUGGUCCUUUGGUUGCCUUGUGUUGUCUUAAAGGUGGUUACCAGUUUUUCUCUCAUCUGAGUGAAUUUAUCAUCAACCAUAAUGCAACUUCAGGUCAGUCUCUUCCAUUUUCGAUUGAUUUUAUUCGUUUGAAAAGCUACGAGAAUGAUGUUUCAACAAGCGAUGUGAAAGUUAUUGGAGGCGAUGAUUUAUCAUCAGUAACUGGAAAGAACGUCUUAAUUGUUGAGGAUAUUAUUGAUACUGGCAAAACCAUGCAAAAAAUGCUUAAUAUUAUAGCCGAGUAUAAACCAGCUCAAGUUAAAGUUGUGAGUUUGCUGGUUAAACGAACACCAUUGAAAAUUGACAGCUAUAGGCCAGACUAUAUUGGGUUUGAGGUACCCAAUAAUUUUCUCGUUGGCUACGCUUUGGAUUACAAUGAGUACUUCAGAGAUUUAAGUCAUAUCUGCGUUAUCAACAAGAAGGGCAAGGAGAAAUAUGCUACAAAAUGAAAGCUGACUUGGUUAUGAUGAAACUGGAAUGGGCUUUGUGGUUCAUCAAUUUUGUUAAAGGAAAUUUAUGAGAACAUUGUACAUUUGCAUAUGAGAAUACAGGGAAUUUGGUGAAAUUCUAGUAUUUUUUGCGUGGAGGUUUUUCGGUGUUCGGACUACUGGAAUACUUGUGCAUCGUUAUGGAUAAUACUAUUCAAUUGCUUGCAACAAUUUGAAUUUAUGAUUCCAAACUUUAUAUCUGCAUAAACGUAACUAUUUUUAUUUAUGCGAAGAAGCUCAACAUGUUCCGUAAAAGCCAAUAAAAGCACGCACAUUCCGGAA